AAGCGGUGGAGAAGGGUAGGGUAGGGUAGCUGAGCAAGUUCGUUCACCUUAGUCCGACUCUUCGUCGUGAGAGAAGCUGGCCAAGGGGGCCGGGGCUUGCACUACACUUCCCGGGAGGCUGUGCGCAGCGGCGCGUCCCGUAACGGGAGCGCGGGCUUUGGAAGGCAGCGGAGCGAGAGGUGAUCUGCGGCUGAGCUGAAGCGGUAGCGGGGCUGAGGACUGUCCUGGGCGACACCGGACCAAGCGCUAGCUGCCGAGGCCUCGUGCCCCUAGGCCAGCCGUUCCUCCUCCGUGUCGCUAUGGGUAUUCAAGGCCUGGCCAAACUGAUUGCUGAUGUGGCCCCCAGUGCCAUCCGGGAGAAUGACAUCAAGAGCUACUUCGGCCGCAAGGUGGCCAUCGAUGCCUCCAUGAGCAUUUAUCAGUUCCUGAUUGCCGUUCGCCAGGGUGGGGAUGUGCUGCAGAAUGAGGAGGGUGAGACCACCAGCCACCUGAUGGGCAUGUUCUACCGCACCAUCCGCAUGAUGGAGAACGGCAUCAAGCCCGUGUAUGUCUUCGAUGGCAAGCCGCCACAGCUCAAAUCGGGUGAGCUGGCCAAACGCAGCGAGCGGCGGGCUGAGGCCGAGAAGCGGCUACAGCAGGCUCAGGAUGUUGGGACUGAGGAGGACGUGGAGAAGUUUACUAAGCGACUAGUGAAGGUCACCAAGCAACACAAUGAUGAGUGCAAGCAUCUACUGAGCCUCAUGGGCAUCCCGUACCUCGAUGCGCCCAGCGAGGCAGAGGCCAGCUGUGCAGCCCUGGUGAAGGCUGGCAAAGUCUAUGCUGCGGCCACGGAGGACAUGGAUUGCCUGACCUUUGGCAGCCCUGUGCUAAUGCGGCACCUGACUGCCAGCGAGGCCAAGAAGCUACCCAUCCAGGAAUUCCACCUGAGCCGGAUUCUUCAGGAGCUGGGCCUGAACCAGGAGCAGUUUGUGGACCUCUGCAUCCUGCUGGGCAGCGACUACUGUGAGAGCAUUCGAGGCAUUGGGCCCAAGCGGGCUGUGGACCUCAUCCAGAAGCACAAGAGCAUCGAGGAGAUCGUGCGUCGACUUGACCCCAGCAAGUACCCCGUGCCGGAAAACUGGCUCCACAAAGAGGCCCAGCAGCUCUUCCUAGAGCCUGAGGUGCUGGACCCAGAGUCUGUGGAGCUGAAGUGGAGUGAACCAAACGAAGAAGAGCUCGUCAGGUUCAUGUGCGGCGAAAAGCAGUUCUCCGAGGAGCGAAUCCGCAGUGGGGUCCGGCGGCUGAGCAAGAGCCGCCAGGGCAGCACGCAGGGCCGCCUGGAUGAUUUCUUCAAGGUGACCGGCUCGCUCUCGUCAGCGAAGCGCAAGGAGCCCGAACCCAAGGGAUCCGUGAAGAAGAAGGCGAAGACUGGGGCGGCAGCAGGGAAGUUUAAGAGGGGAAAAUAAACAAGUUCCCCUUCAGUACACCUCCGUGCCCAGAGUUAUCUGCCCCGUCCCCUUGAGGGCUGGCACUGGAGAAGCCUCCCCUGGGGCAGGGAGGGGACUGCGUUGCUUCUGUGGCAUGCGCCUUCUCAGUACUGCAGUUCCCUUUUUUACUUGAUCUUAUGGCAGGAAAGCCGCAGAGGUACUUUGUUUUCUUCUUUUUUUAGCUCAGGAAAGUAUGUCAGCCUCAAACUACCUUUCACUUUAAUGGACACUGAAUUCAUUGUUACGUAAAAGUGAUAGCAACAGGUUUUGAAGAAGGGAGAGGGAGAGAAAUGGUGGAGACAAAAGACUUUACAGAAGUGAUUUCCUGGCUGGCCAGCCGGUGGCCGGUGAUGGCGGAACCAGACCACGCUUCUCUGGUUCAGCCUUGACCCACCAUGAAGGAAGGACAGCCGGCAGGAAGACCCGGUCUUAGCAAAUAGGAAGAGCUACUAAGAAAUAAGACAGGCAGAGAGCUGGAGUACAUGGACUUGGCAACAAGGGUUCGAUUACUGGCUGUGUGUCCUGGGGUGGGCAGAAACUUGAACUUGCUGUGUAACUUGAGUCUUUAGUCAUUAUUUAGAGGCAUAAGGUGGUGAAGUUCUUCUCAUGGCCUUUCUGAGGCAAUCAACUGAGUCGAGACUUUGGGAAAAGAUGCUGUUAUGUUUUUGUUUUAAGGUUAUGAGAAAAGAGUCAAUAAAAUUAUAAAAGUAA